AUGUCACGACAUCCGGAUUUUAAGACCGUUGAGGCUACACGGGAGGAUUGGGAGACGAUUGAAUGGCACCUAAAUAAGACAGUCAAUCCAGAGUGGAAAGUUGGUGAGAAAUAUAGCUUUAUCCUCUUAAGGUCUCGGUGCCUCAAAAUCGAUUGUUUCGGCCAAUUGACUUCGAUCUAUGGGCGCGUAGGAACUGGCGCAACGGACGACUCUUGGAAAUCGUUAAAGAAGGUUGAGAUUGAUCCUUAUGCUGAAGGUAGACGAGUGGGUGAUAACUAUAAGCUUAUGAUAUCUGCCAUCACACCCAGAUUUAUUGGCUUCGUAUCAACGAUAUCUAAAGAUGGGAAAACAACAAACCUUGCACCAUUCUCAUAUACGACGAUGGUUGCUCAUGACCCACCAAUGAUAGCUGCGAACUACACCUCCAUAAAUGCCCCUCCCGGUGUUUCUGAAUUCGAUUUGUCAGGUUUAACUCCUGCCCCUUCUUCAAAAGUUAAGCCUCCACAUGUUGCCGAAUCGGCAUUUAGCAUUGAAGCAAAGCUUGUCUCGCAUCAUCCGUGGGUCUCGCCGGCGACUGGGAAGACUACUGGAGUUACGAUAUUUGCGCAAGGCCUUAACUUCCAUGUUAGGGAAGAUAUGUGGGCGGAGGGGAGUGAAGGUUCAAUUGUGGAUAUUGGGAAGUUGAAGCCAAUUAGUCGGUUAGGUGGGAUCAUGUACGGAAGGACGACUGCUGGUGCCGAACUGCCGAGACCAGAUUUUGCGAAAGAGGCCGAAAAAGAGGAUGUCAAGGCGCUUUUAUAG